UAAGGAUGGCAACACUUGCUCAUGGUGCGACAGGCAAAGUCUUAGCUUGAGCAAGCUAUUCAGAGCUAGAGCAGCAUCUGCCAUGGCGUUUGCAGUGUCAGAUGAACUACUGGGCACGUUCGUCCCCAUCGCCGUGUACUGGAUCUACUCUGGAAUCUAUGUCUUGCUGGGUGAUCUAGAGAAGUAUCGGCUGCACACCAAGGCCGAGGAGAACGUGAAGAACAUCGUCUCCAAAUCGACCGUCAUCAAAGGCGUCCUGGUUCAGCAGGCUUUCCAGAUCUCUGUUUCCCUUCUCCUCUUCGCUGUCAUAAGCGACGGCAACGGGAUCGCCAAGCCACAACCCUCCUUCCUCGCCAUCAUCGUCCAAUUCCUGGUCGCCAUGUUCGUGCUCGAUACAUGGCAGUACUUCAUGCACAGGUACAUGCACAUCAACAAGUUCCUGUACAAGCACAUCCACUCCAAGCACCACACUCUCGUCGUCCCCUACGCCUUCGGAGCGCUCUUCAACCAUCCACUGGAAGGCCUUCUGCUGGACACCGUCGGCGGAGCUCUCGCCUUCCUCGUCUCAGGCAUGACACCCCGAACAGGCAUCUUCUUCUUCUCCUUCGCCACCAUCAAGACCGUCGACGACCACUGCGGGCUGUGGCUCCCGGGGAACCCUCUCCAUGCGCUCUUCAGCAACAACAGCGCUUACCAUGACGUCCACCACCAACUCUAUGGCAGCAAGUACAACUUCUCGCAGCCGUUCUUCGUUAUGUGGGACAGGAUUCUGGGCACCUACAUGCCCUACUCGCUCGAGAAGAGGAAGGAGGGAGGGUUGGAAGCUCGACCAAUCAAACACAAGAGCUGAGAAAUUGUUUCUUGUUUUCUCACAACAGACGGCAAAUAAUCGAUGUUUCUUAUGAUACUUUAGUUGAAUUCCCAAUCACAUUGUAAUACGCUUACAAUUGCUCACAGAAAUUUUCUCUCUUUUGGUCUUAUAUUGAUCUCAAUCAGCCGCCCAUGCGAGACUAAGAACCGCAGCAGCGUUGUGGCUGCCAUUGAUUCAAGCUGAAUCAUCUGCCACAUUGUCCCGUACGUGGCGUAAUUCUACUGGUCAACCUCAUUGUGGAUACCACUAAAGAGUUGGUGCGCACCGCAGUAUCAGUGUUAUGAUUGGUUGUUUCCGAAGAACCGUAACCUGAGUCGUUCGCGGAAUCGACUCGUCGAAAGCAACGGCCGCGGGGACGAACGGAUCGGGUCGCGUUUACCAACAUCCGCACCCGCGACUAUCUCCGAUUACCUUCACCUUGCGUAGUCUAACCUCCGACCGUCUCCCGCUAAAUCUUUUGUCCUGUUUCACCCUCUCGGAUGUUUAAAUCGGGGUAAAUUUAGGGAGGGUGACGAGAUCUUACAAUUUAGACGGCCACACUGCCGAUUUCUCUUUAGGUCUCGAGGCCCGCCGGUGACUCUCUCUCUCUCUCUCUCUCCUUCGACGCUUUCGGAAUCGGGGUUAGGGUUUUAGUGGGGUGAGUCCAUGGACUUGGGGAGCGGCAGAGGAGCAUAAGUCGGAGGUGGAGGAGGAGGCCUCCGAUCACAUCGAUGGCGAGCUCGUGCUCUCCAUCGAGAUGGUAACGAGCUUUCCAUUCUCCUUUGCUUUCGGACAUGAUUUUGUUUUACUACUUGAUCCAAAGAUUCUAUCGCAUUUCGCUUAAUCUAAUGGUGUUAGCAUAAGACUGCUGGAAACCUGAGCUGAUUCUUCUUGAUUGUGGAUGGAAGUCGUCGGUUCGUUAAUGGAAAGUGUUAUUCUUUGUCGUCUCGUUUGUUCUAUCGUCUUCUAUCUUGACAGACAUAUUCCUUCUUUGACAAUGGGACAACUACCAUAAUUGGUACAAUAACAAAGUGGAAGGAGGGAGUGGUAAGGGCAUUCUGGAGUUAUCUUUCUGGAUUACUUCUUCCCUUGUUGUGUCUUAUAGUUCUGCCUGUUUUAUUUUAAGAAUAUUGCAAGUGGUGUUGCUCACAAAAAAAGGAAGGGGGUAAGAGACCCUUAGCUGUAGAAAGUUUCUAUGCCUGGUUCACUGAAACCCAACAGAAAAAACUUUCAGAGGGGUUCUUUGAUGUGGUGGCUGGGAUUAUAAAAGAAAAUUUAUGAUCUGAUCCCUUGAAAUGCUUCAACAAUGUUAGUCUUGUUUCUUAAAUUCUCUUCUUUUCCAUCAUAUUAUUAUCUCUUAACAUUCUACAGCUACUGCUUUUACUUGGCAUCAUGAAAAACGGGGGAAAGAAAGACAAACCAUGCAAUGGCUAGCCACAUUUGUUGGUGCAGGAAGCUGAUGAGGAAGAUUUUGAUGUAGAUGAAAAUGAUGAGAAGAAGAAGAGAACGUGAAGUCUCAGAACUCUCAUCAGCUCAUAAAUCAGACCAUUUGGUGCACAUCCAGGUCAUGUCUCUCCUCCAUGCCCCAAACUCGUCCUCUUCACACCUCGUACAUCGUGCGUACGGCCAACCGAUCCAUGAAGGGCGUCACCGAUCGAUUCAUUGAUGCAGAGACAAGCCGACCGUGACACGGAGAAAGCGCACCAGCAUCGUCACCGUGACGACCCAUGGCACAGCCUGCUGUACAUUGUACUUCGUUCGAAGUAUUCUGAGGUCUUGCUGUUCAAACGUACGGGGCUGCAAAGUCAGAGAUGACACCAUCCACCGUACCAUGUGGAUCUACCAGAAGACAUUCCAUGGAAAAAGAUGUCUUUCUAUGUACCAUUAGAAUGAACAGAAUCAUGGAAGCUACUUUGUGCUCUCUUUUUCUUGGCUUACUUAGGAUGGUCAAAUGGCCUACUCAAGACUGCUUUGUGCUCUCGUUGGGGGCAAAAGAUAGCAUUUAGAGUUCCCGAUUAGAAGGGGUUUCUGAUGCUAGACAUCAAAUGCGAGCUGAUGAAGGUAUUUGUGUGUCUUCCAGGAACAUGGUUUGUGCAUUUUUGCUAGUUAUUAGCCAGAUGUAAACUAAAUCAAGUGGAUCUUCUAAUCCUUCUUUACCAUGUAUUUCUAUUUCCACCAAUAAUCUUAAAGAUUUGAUUCCUAA